AUAUGGAAAAGCUAUGAAAUUAAAAAAACCUUCACUGCCUUCUUCUUUGCUCUACGCCGUGCCGCCUUGUCUCUCUCAAACUCGCUUACCCUAUCGAGCCAUUCCUCGCAGGUUAGCUUCUUCGGCCAAUACUGCUUUGACCUUUCCUUCUGGGGUAAGGGUUUCAUCAUCCACAUUCGUUAAUACAAAGCUUGUAACAUUAAGAAACCGACCUGUUAAUUUGCACAUAUACUGUUCUAUGGCUGGUACUGAUAAACGCCGCUCUUGCCACCACGACGAAAGCCCUACAAAACCAAACAAGAAGAAGAAGGGAGGUCGUAAUCCAGAGAAGAAUCUCCUUAUCAAUCUUCAUUCUUGUUCCAAGUCCAAGAACUUCUCAGCUGCGUUGGCUCUAUAUGAUGCAGCUAUCACUUCAAGUGACAUCCGCCUCAGCCAGCAACACUUUCAAAGCCUUCUUUACCUCUGCUCUGCGUCCAUUAGUGACCCGUCUCUUCAAACCCUUGCCAUCGAUCGUGGCUUCCAAAUUUUUGAUCGUAUGGUUAGUUCCGGGGUAAGUCCUAAUGAGUCCUGCGUCACUGCAGUGGCACGACUAGCUGCUGCCAAAGGUGACGGUGAUUAUGCUUUCAAGCUUGUCAAGGACAUUGUUGCUGUCGGCGGUGUAUCUGUCCCUCGUCUGAGAACUUAUUCUCCAUCUUUGCUCUGUUUCUGUGAGAGUAUGGAGGCUGAAAAGGCUUAUGAAGUGGAAGACCACAUGGAUGCUUCAGGUAUUGUGUUGGAGGAGGCAGAGAUCGCGGCUUUGCUGAAGGUAAGCGCUGCCACGGGGAGAGAAAAGAAGGUUUAUAAGUAUUUGCAUAAAUUAAGAGAAUGUGUUGGCUGCGUUAGUGAAGAGACUUCAAAAAUUAUCGAGGAAUGGUUCUGUGGAGAGAAAGCUAGUGAGGUUUGUGCUAAUGGGAUUGGUUCUGAUAUUGAGCUGCUUAGAGCCGCUGUUUUGAAGAAUGGGGGUGGGUGGCAUGGUCUUGGGUGGGUAGGGGAAGGCAAAUGGACUGUGAAGAAAGGUAGUGUUAGUCCAGCCGGGAAAUGCUUGAGCUGUGACGAGCAUUUGGAUUGUGUAGAUACGAAUGAGUUAGAGACUGAAAAUUUUGUGGAUUCUUUGGUGGCUUUGGCUGUGGAGAGGAAGGCGAAGAUGAAUUCAUGUGAGCCAAUGGCGGACUUCAGCGAGUUUCAGGAGUGGCUUGAAAAGAAUGGAGAUUACGAAGCUAUAGUAGAUGGAGCAAAUAUUGGACUCUACCAACAAAAUUUUGCAGAUGGUGGUUUCAGUCUACCACAGCUUGAAGCGGUAGUGAAGGAGCUUUACAAUCAAAGUGGUAACAAAAAGCAGCCGCUAAUUCUGUUGCACAAGAAACGGGUCAAUGCGCUUUUAGAUAGCCCGAAUCACCGGAAUUUGGUGGAAGAAUGGAUUAAUAACAAUGUCCUAUACGCGACUCCACCAGGUUCCAAUGAUGAUUGGUAUUGGCUCUAUGCUGCCGCUAAACUGAAGUGUUUACUUGUGACUAACGAUGAGAUGAGAGAUCACAUUUUUGAACUAUUAAGUAACAGUUUUUUCCAAAAAUGGAAAGAAAGACAUCAAGUUCGGUUUACCUUUGUCAAAGGUUGCCUGAAACUUGAAAUGCCUCCUCCCUUUUCAGUUGUGAUCCAGGAAUCCGAGAAAGGAUCAUGGCACGUUCCAAUAACGUGCCUAAACGAUGAGGAAUCUUUGAGAAGCUGGAUUUGCAUUACAAGGCAGAGUGUAUAGAUUGAAUCACUCUAUUUGUCGAAGUCAUCAUCAUCAUUUGACCAAUUUUUGAAGAUUAUGUUGAAGGAGUAAAGUCUCCACCGUACGAUGUUAGAAGUCAGAACAGUUUUAGUUUUAGAACUCAGAAAGAAUGUUUUAUAAAGGUUUUGGAUCUUCUUUUCGUAAAAUUUGGUUCAACACAACAAGUUACAUCA